CUGCACUACGGGAGCCUCCUGAGCAGCAGAGCUUGUGCCCAGAUGGCAGCAGCUGCCUGGGGCAGUGACUUUCUCAAUGCUGUCCUGCACACAGCCAACACAUUUUCCCUGCCCCUCUGCCACGGCAAUGCUGUGGACCAAUUCUUCUGUGAAGUCCCUCACAUCCUCAAGCUCUCCUGCUCAGAUGCCUACCUCAGGGAAGUUUGGGCACUUGUGUUUAGUUUUUCUUUGGGGUUUGGUUGUUUUGUUUUCAUUGCUCUUUCCUAUGUGCAGGUCUUCAGGGCAGUGCUGAGGAUGCCCUCUGAGCACGGACGGCACAAAGCCUUUUCCACGUGCCUCCCUCACCUGGCUGUGGUCUCCCUGUUUGUCAGCACUGCUGUGUUUGCCUACUUGAAGCCCAGCUCAAUCUCUUCCCCAUCCCUGGACAUGGUGGUGUCAUUUCUGUACUCGGUGAAUCCUUCUGUCGUGGGUUUGCUGAGGGUUGAAGAACAACAGGUGCCAAUGGCUACCAUGGUGGUGCACCUGAGGCAGCAUCAUGCUAAGCAGGACUCCCUGAUUGCCAUCCAUGAGCUGGUUCAUUGA